AUGGCUUCAACCUUACUCGUUUCACCCAAACCCCGCAAUUUCACCCAUUUAAUUGGGAAAAACUACGAAAUUGCUCUCAAUCAAUCUUUGCAAGCCCUCUUGAACUCCGUUGGAAACCCCAAUUUUCCAUAUUUGAUUUCAAGCUUUUACGAUUUGCUUCAAUCUAAAACAGACCCGCCUCUAGAAACCAUCUGGGUUUAUUCAGCUUUGAGUUUUCGCAACGCCAAUUCAGCAAAAAAUGAACCUUUGGAUCAAUUAUCCUCCAUUAAAGACUUGUUUCAGCUCAUAAUUUCUUGCUCUGCUUCUUGUAAUUCUAUAAAGUGCAUUGCUUUGAUAUCUCCCCUUAUAUACCCUUUGCAUAGUUUCAUUGUUGGUUUAAAGGGUUUUGAGUUAGGGUCCAAGAAGGAGAGAAAAGUCAAUAAAGAAAUUAAGGGUUUAGUUGAUUCAAUUCUCGGGUAUAUAAAUGUUUGUUGUGAGGGGUUGGAUGGUAGUUGUGAUGAUUUGAAUGGUGUGAUUCCAUUGGGGAAUUUAGUUAGUGUUUGGAUUGGACACAAUAUAGCCGAAAAUGGGAACGUUUUAGAAUCUCUUAGAAUGUUUUUCCCACUUUUGAGCAAUGAGAUCCUUGAGAAGGUUAGCAUUGAAGGGUGUGAAACGAGUGAGCUAGCAGGUUUUGUGAUUGCUGAGGCCUUUUUGCUGAAGUUGUGUUUGAAAAUGCGAGGGGAGGGAAUCGAAAAUGAGCUGCAGAAUGAAAUCAGGACUUGGGUUGUUGGUUCUAUCACUUCGUUUAGAAGCUCUUAUUUCUAUGUGACCCUUGUCAGGAUGUUACUGGAGCCAAUGUUACCUGUAACCUCCUUAAUGAAUUCUGCAAAUGAGGUUCUCUUAAGGAAAAUUCUUUAUGAUGCUCUGAUUUUAGUAGAAUAUUCUUUCCUUGCUUCUGUGAGUUUGGCACGACUAUCAGCAAAGCAUACAAAAAAUAUCAUCUUGGGAAAAUUGAUGGUUACCCAUGAAGCCAUAGAGUAUUUCAGGGAAUGUUCAGACCAUAACAAAGCCACCUCCUAUUCAAAUGCAUUUGCUAGUUCUAGUCUACCCUCUGAACUUCUUAAAUGGAUCAAAAAUGAAACUGGUAGUGAAGUUACUAACACUGGCCCGAAUGGAUCAUCACCAAAAGCAUUUUUAAGAUGGAUGCUAAAUAUAGAGAAUAGAGGGAUAAGGAUAUUUGAUGAUGAUAUGUCAAAAUCUCGUGCCAAAUUAAUAUCUGAUAAUUUGAAAGAAGACUUGGAGAAGCUUGCAAAUAAAGGAGAGGGGAAGACAUUGGAUACUGAUCUUUUUUUCAUAGACAACAAGGGAGAAAACAAUGGAAAUGAGGAAGAUGACAAGACGGGUGAAUCCAUGAGUGCUGCGUUCAUGGCUGCUGCACAUUCAAUGCAAUCUGCAGAACAUGGAGGAACAAAACGGCGAGCUAAAAAAUCUGAAAAGAGAAAGAGAGUGAAGUUCCUCAAGUAUAGCCUGGCUGAAAAUUCUGAGAGCUAUACAUUUCCACGCAAAGAUAGAGGGAACAGUGGGAGUGAUGUUGAGAAUCCAUCCUCUGACGAAGAGUUGGAAGUAAAGGAACAAUGA